AUUGACCGGUGAGGUGAAGAGAGCGACCGACGGGAACGACAACAGUUCGGUUAACCGCUCUCUUCUGUUUUUGCACUAUUUAUCGAGUUUAUGGUUAAUUAUGCGGCCAAGUCGUCGAUCUAUUUGCGUGUUUUUAACUGAAGCUAAUUUAAUUUAACCUAUUUAUUCAGCUGUGUUUGGUAGUAGAUCAAUAAGCUAUAUUUUAGCAAUAUUUAACUGCAUAAUAAUGCUCUCGAGUGCCGAAAAAGAGCUGAUUGCAGAAAUAUGGGACAAAAUGACUCCAGUGGCGGAAGAAAUUGGAUCUGAAGCUCUUUUAAGGAUGUUCACAACGUUCCCCAAAACAAAGACAUACUUCUCUCAUCUAAAUAUCAGCGCUAAUUCAGAGCAUUUGCGCUCCCACGGAAAGAAAAUCGUCGAGGCUCUGGCCGAGGGUGCGAAGAACAUAAGCACACUUACUACAACGUUGGCACCACUUAGCAGGUUCCAUGCCUACCAACUGCGAAUACAUCCUACAAACUUCAAGCUUUUCAAUCAUUGCAUCCUUGUGACGUUAGCCUGCAGAAUGGGUGACGACUUCACUCCAGUGGUGCACGCGGCGAUAGACAAGUUUCUGUCGGCAUUCUCAGCUGUUCUAGCCGAGAAGUUCCGAUGAAGAGCCCUCAGAGGAAGGACGGAAUGGUUCUGCCAGAUAUUAUCUUUAUCAAUGUAUAUGCUAGCUUAUUAAAUAAACUGAUAAAUACUCA